CCUGCCUCCUUUCACAAGUGCGACUAUAGCUAGCUAGUUACGGUAGCGCCAGCUGGAGCAGUAGCCAUGGAUCCAAGCACCACUAUUCUCCGGGUGAAAAGAAAGAGAGGAACUGACCCUGCCGAUGCUUUGCUGCUUGCCUGUAAACGUAUUCGACCAGAGACCACAUCCCAGACCGCUGGGGAAUCUGUGCCUGAGCCCGAUGAUACAGCGGUUGAGAAUUCAGUCUUCAAACUCGUGGCGACCGUAGCAUCACAGGAUGCCCCGGUCCAGACACAUGUUCGUGAAGCACUGACCCGCCCCCGCAUGGCCCACGCCCUGCGCCCCUCUGCAGGCAGCUCCCAGAGGAUUGUGGGAGAUCUACGGAGCGCUAAGUGGAGCACCAGGCGGGAUGAGCGAUACAGGAUCCUCUCCAGCCAUCGAGCAGGGCUGCCUGCAGAACAGCCCCCCUCAACGCAGCCAGAGCCCACAGAGGAGGAGCCAGGCAAAAAUGCCUGGAGCCUGGGUGAAGUUCAGGUGUUUGACAUUAUCCAGGAAGAUGGGGACCAGGACAAAGCUUCUAGCAAGUUGCUGACCCCUGACCCAGAGACUAUCCUGUGUAACUCGAUGAAGAUGAUCCGUGAGAAGCUGAGUGUGUCUGGAGAGGGUGUGGGUGUUGAGCAUCGUGAACGGGAGGAUGACUACGUGUAUGACCUUUACUACCAGGAAACAGUCGCAGCAGGCUGGAUCCAGGACAUCCUGUCCGUCAGGCCCUACUCAGACGAGGGAGAGUUGGUGCCUGACUUGGUGGUGAAUGAGGAAGAAGUGUAUGAGGACGAGGAUGAUGAGAAUGAAGAGGGGAACUGGAGGAAUGACUACCCAGAUGAAGACGGUGAGGAUGGCAGCGACAGAGAGGAGCGCUAUGGAGGGCACUGGGAAGAGGAGCACUCGUACAGUCGGAGAUCCUGGGACCAGUACCAGAGCGAGGUGAUGCAAGAGUUGGAUGAUGACGAUGGAGACAAGGAUGACUCCGACUGAUCUCCAACUUCGAGUAUUGGUGGAUGUGUUUGAGUGUCCUUUUUUACUGUACAAGUGUUGGUGUGAAUUUGUGUGAGAUGUCGCACAACCGUGGUAUGCUUUGUGUGCUUCUUGUUAAAUUUGUAUGCUGGUGAGAUGGUUUGGACUGCGUGUUUGCCUUUUGUGCAUGUUAGUAUGUACAUGUAAGCGUAUGGUAGUGAAUCAUUGUGUGUUAAUGUUUGGGCAUACAUUCCCUGUCACAUGGAGAUUGUACUCUUGAUGUGUGACUGGGMAUACGUUCCCUGUCACAUGGAGAUUGUACUCUUGAUGUGUGACUGGGGAUACGUUCCCUGUCACAUGGAGAUUGUACUCUUGAUGUGUGACUGGGGAUACGUUCCCUGUCACAUGGAGAUUGUACUCUUGAUGUGUGAGCGAUGUUUGAAAGAUUAACUCAAUCCCUUUUGUAAAUAUGUAGAUGUGUAUAAAAUAAAGCUUUCAAAAUAAAUGUGCAUUAUUGCUGUAAUGAAUUAAAAUA